AUGAGUCAACUAACAAGCCACUUGGCGACUCUGCGAGCCCAGCGACGGGCUCAACUCGCGAACAACGACGAGCUCAUGAAGUACGAGGAAGAAGCGAUGACGCAACGGCGCAAGCGGGAACAGGCCGAGCAGCACAAUCAGCUGCUGAAAAAGGCCCAGCUGUUCCAGCAAGACGACGUUUCUCGGGAGCAUGCGGGCCAUGAUGGGCGGCAGCAACUUGCUGCUUUCCAAGACGCUCGAGUUCAUUUCGGUGCACUCGUUCACGGCCUUGUCGGCCCGGAAUCUCUUGGGCGGCGCAAAGAGUACGUCGCGCACUUUCCACGGAGUAAGAUGGAGUUGGCGCGGAACAUUGUGAUCCAGAACACCGAAGAAGAUACUUUGCGCUUGUUGGCCACGGGCGGCACAGCGACGGCGAACAUUCGGAUUUUGCACGACGGGACGCGGCAGCGCGCGAGAUGCGCAUUGAGUCGACUGGGGCAUCACACGGGACCUUUUUGGGAGUUCUCGUCCGUGUUUGUUUUCCCCGUGACCGUGCACUGCACGCUCCAUGCGCUCAUGCACAUUGUCGCCAGUAGCAUGAAGACCAUCGGCGUGUACUCCUCGGGCGUGUCGUACGCGGCGCGAGCGUCGGAAGAAGUGCACCUCGAAGAGGACAAUGGCUUGACGCACUCGGACGUGUACUACUCGGACCUGGUGGCGUCCAUGGAGCCCGUGAUUGAAGAAGUCGACGAAGCGGAUACAGCUGGGAACAUUGACGUUGAAGCGCGGGUUUUGACGCGCGUGCAAUGUGGACAAGACGAAGGGAUCCUCUUGUGGGACUAUGCGGACGAAGACGCGUUGCACCCGAUUCCAGUCGCCUCGCCCGACCGCAAAGCCAUUCGCCGCAACGUGUGCGCCCAAGAACGUGCGGGAGGGCCCGAGGCGUCGGACGCCGAAGAGAUUCGACGGGCCAUCACGCGACGCAUUGGUCUGCAAGCGACCGAGUCUGAACGCUUGCGGGACUGGUGCUUGGGCUACGUCUACAACGACAUUGUCCGUCGCUUGGAGAUGCUGCAAGUGUCGUGA